GCUUGUUGGCUUGGUAACGGAAGUUGAGCAUCAAGAUGGCGGACGAUUUAGAGCAAAACAAGGAACACGGUAUCGCCGUGUCAACGGAGACGGAUAACUUCUACCUCCAUGGUCGCCCAUGUGAACUCUCAGCAUUUUCUUUCGUUCCCACUUCAAGAAAUGAACCAGCCGAAAGAACAGUGUUUAAUUCAAAGAAACCUGACACAUCAUUGGGCACAUAUGAUCGACUGUUCCGGAAACAACAUGGAUACAACAACAAACUCCACAGGGACGACCGGGAACAUGCCAAGUCUCGCGGCCUUACUGUGAACAAUGAGGAGAAGGUGAAAGGUUGUCCAACCCUGGCGUCCUCGGAGUAUGGUCACCGGCUUGAACUGUCAACAGACCACCCAGACAGGAAGCACGUGAGGAUCGCACACGUGAAGACAGAGUUCUACAGGCGCAACGGCAUCGAGGGAAUCAAGACGUCAUGAGAUAGGCCAGCAGUAGCUGUUGUCUGUUAGUAUUGAAUGAUUGCUGGAUACUAGAACUCUCAUAUCCUGAUCAAGUUCAAGUAUGAAAGGUCUUCGUCUGGGAAAGUUAAUAAAUGCUGUUAUACAUCAGAUUCUGUCUAUAUAAAAAAACUGUUCUUUGAUGUCUUUUUUUAGGCAUUUUUAAUUCUUUGUUGUUAAUAUAAACUUGUUACUUAACAGAUUAAAUUUGUUUUUUAUCAAAAUGACUUUAGUAGGUUAGCUUGAAACUUGGUCUUCAAUUGUCAAAAUAUUUGGUCUAAAUAAGAAGUCAUAGGAAGUAUAUGCAAGCAUUUUUGAUAUUUUAAUUUAUUGAUUCUUUUAUGUAGAUUAAAUUUGCACAAGAUUCUGUGCAGGUUUCUACAGUCAUUUUAAAUUUUUCUUGUGUUUAAAAUGUUUUUUUCUUUAUUUUCUUGUACUGUUUCUUUUUUUGUCUAUCCUUCCAAACCAAAUUCUCAUCUGUUGAAUCUUUAUAUCUUCGUGUGUAAGUUUUUUGUUAAAUCAUUUUGUUCUAUGAUAUAUAUAUAUCAUAAACAUAUCAUUUAUGUAAUGUUUUACAAUAAAAUUAACAAAGUU